AUGUUUUCCAAACGGUCGUCUCAAAGCCAGACAGAGAGCUUUUCUUCCAAAUAUCGAGCUGGUAAAUCCGCUUCCCGGUCAAAGAGGUCCUUCAGAGAUCCUGCAACAUCAAGCACCAGAAGAGCAGAAAAGGCAUCUCGUAAACCAGAGAGCCCUCCAGUUGGCCCCAACCUUACUUCUGCUAUUAUAACCCUCUGCGUGGGUCCCGACCAACGGCUCUUUGCUGCCCACGAGGAUGUCCUGUGUAUCUCGCCUUUCUUUGCCACUUGCUGUCGAGGCCAAUUCCUCGAAUCCCAUGGCAAAAGAAUCAAUCUGCCCGACGAACAACCAGAAAUCCUCUCCUCCAUCCUCGAGUACCUUUACAAGGGCGAUUAUUACCCGCGCCUGAUACACAAUAAACGUCGAGACUCGUGGGAACUAGAGAAUGUGGGGAAUCCAUCGAGUCAGCAGGCUUCAGAUUCAACCAUUAUUAACCAGGUUGAUGGGGCUGUCAUCUUAAAGGAUACUGCUGUCUACUGUGCUGCCGAAAAAUAUGGCCUGGAUGAUCUGAAACGACUUGCUUUGCGGAAACAGGGGCUUCAAGUUGCAGUGCAAUGCAGCACGAUACUCUCCAGUGCUCGCUUUGCCUAUGCAAACACUCCAGACAACGACUCCAAGCUCCGUGCACACUAUCUUGCCUUGAUCAUCCGCAGCAGAUCGACAUUCAAGCGAAGUGGAACCAUGCAGAUGGAAAUGGAGGUUGGAGGGAAACUCUUCUUCGACCUCUUCGUCGCGAUGUGUAACCACAUGGAUGACCUUACCAACGCUACCAAAUCUCCAUUCUCCCGUUAA